AUGAAUAGUCAUUAUUUCAAUGGUCUUGAUGAGUAUGAUCUCGACAAUGAAGAAUCAAUACGUUCUAAAUGGAAAGAUACUAGAGAUGCUAAGAUAGGAUUAGAUUCCUAAAAUUUUCAACCUUUUCGUAAAGACUUUUUGCAUGUAAAAAAUUUAAUUAUCUUUUUUAGAAUAACAAAGAGAAUUAUACAAUGACAGAAGAAAGAAUUGAAGCUUUUUAUAGAGAAAAAGAUAUAAUAAUAAAAACAUUUGAGAAUUAAAAAGUACCUCCUCCAUUUUUAAGUUGGGCUUCAGCUUGUUUUCCACCUCCUAUUUUAGAUUCAAUAGAAUAAUUAUAAUUUAAGAGUCCAACACUUAUUUAAUCAGUAGGUAUAAUAAUAAUUUAAAUAUUUUAAUUUAAGUUUUUCCAAUAAUUUUAGCUGGAUAUGAUGUAAUAGGAAUUGCAUAAACUGGAUCUGGAAAAACUAUAGCAUAUUUAUUACCAGGAUUAAUUUAAAUUACAAGUUAAAGAGAUUAAGAAUUAAUUAAUAUAAAAAAAUAAAAUGGUCCUUAAAUGUUAAUUUUGGUACCAACUAGAGAAUUAGCAAUUUAAAUAGAUUAAGAAAUUUAAUUAUUUACAUAAAAUUACAGAUUGAAAACAGUUUGUGUUUAUGGUGGUUUAAAUAAUAGAAAAACUUAAUAUUAUAACUUAGGAAGAUGUCCAAAUAUUUUAGUAGCAACUCCAGGAAGACUAUUAGAUUUUUUAAAAGAGAGAGCAACAACAUUAUCUGAUGUGAGUUAUCUAGUUAUUGAUGAAGCUGAUAGGCUUUUAGAGAUGGGUUUUGAAGAUACAAUAAGAGAAAUUGUAUAACAAAUAAGAUAAGAUAGAUAAACAGUGUUUUUUUCAGCUACUUGGCCUAAGGCUGUAAAGAAUUUAGCAUUUGAUUUUUGUUAAUAGAUUCCAAUAUAUGUUUAAAUAGGAAAAUCAAAUUUAACAAUAAAUAAAAAUAUAGAAUAAGAAAUUAUUUGUCUUUUUUCUAAGGACAAAUUAUAAUCUUUACUUGAUAUUUUAGAUACAUUAAAAAUUUCAGAUAAAGUUCUUAUUUUUUCAGAUUAAAGAUAUCGUUGUGAAUAAUUAGCUAUUAAUAUGGCUGAUAUGGGAUAUUACACAAUAGCUUUGCAUGGUGAUAAGACUUAGCCUUAAAGAGAUGAAAUAAUGAAAGCAUUUCGUAGUGGAUAAACUCGACUCUUAUGUGCUACUGAUUUAGCAUCUAGAGGAUUAGAUGUUACUGAUAUAACUGUAGUAAUUAAUUAUGAUUUUCCAAAAUAUUUUGAUGAUUAUAUUCAUAGAAUUGGUAGAACUGGUAGAGGAGAAAAAAGAGGAAAGUCUUUUAGUUUUUUAGCAUAUGAUAAAGAUGAACCUAAAAUGGCAAGGGAACUCUUAAAAUUAGCUUAGGUUGCUAAUCUUAAAUAUGAUGAGUUUGCCUUAUAAAAUUUUGCAGCAGGAAUGAGUAAAUAAAUUAUUUAUUCAUUUUUUUAGUACCUUAAAUAAGAAAUGAUUUUUAAUCUAAUAAAUUUAAAUAAUCCCAUCAAAAUUAUAAUUAAAGAGAAAAUAAUAAAUUCUCAAAAGAUUUUCAAGAAUAAGAAAAUUUUGAUUUCUAGAAAUUCAGGUAUAAUUUUAUAUUUCAACAUAGAAAUCCUUAAGAAAAUAGAAAUUUUCAUAAUGAAAAUAAAUAUACAUAAUUUUAAAGUUUCUAAAAUUAAAAAGAAAAUUCAUCAUUUAGAAAUACUGAUUAGUAAAUAUAUUAAUUAAUUAUUAGCAAUUUUAAUUUAUAAAAUAAUGAGAAAUACUAAGACUAUGAUAAUAUGUAGAGUAGAAAUUAAUGGUGUGAAGAUAGAAAUAAAAAGGAACAAAACUUUGAAACUGAAAAUGAUAGAUAAAAUUAUUAUUAAAAAGGGGAUAAAAAUUAAUUUAAUGGGAAAUAGGAAAGUGCAGAUAGAUUAAUUAGAUAAGAAUAAUCAUAUGAUAUAAGUAAUUAAUUUGGUAAUGAUUAUCAAGAUAGAUUUUAUGAAAAUGAUAGAUUUGAUAAAUAAAAUAAAUAGGAUAGGUAGUUUAGAUAAAAAGGAUUGGAUUGGUCUUAAAGAUAAGAUUUUUAGUAAAGAUAAAUUGGUUAAGAUAGAGAAAAGAAUGGAUAAGAAGAUUUAGUUAUUUCUAAUAGAUAAGAUAGAUUCAAAUCUUAAAAUAUUUAAGGAGAAUUUAAUAGAUAAGAUAGAUUUGAUAGAUAAGAUAGAUCAAAUAAAAAGUAUCAAAAUGAUCAUAGAGAUUUAAGAUAAUAUGAUGAUAAUAGAAGAGUUUUUCAAGAUAAAUAAGAAGAACCAUUCAGAUAAUUUGAAAAAAAUCGAGAAAAUAAAAGAGCAAACUUUAUCAACCAAGACGAUGACAGAUUUGAAAAUAUAAAAGAGUAAGAAAUGUCAUUUAAAUAAUCAUAAUAAUAAACUAAACAAUUAUUCAAUAAUAAUAAUUUAUUUAAAUAGGAUAAUUAUAAAAGAAAUGAUAAGUAAGAUGAUUAUUGGUAUAAUUAAAAAUAACAAUUAUAAUAAUAAAGAAUUUCUGGUUCUUAAAAUAAUAACAAAAAUUAUGAAGAAGAUUAUAAGAAUUUCAGAUAAGAAGAAUGCAAAAGAUAAAAUAAUAAUCAAGCUGAUAUAGGAUAAAAUAAAAAUCGAUUUUAUUAAAUGAAUGAGAAAAUAGAUUAGAAUAAGAUCUUUCAUGAUUAAUAGGGGAGAUUUGAGCAAGGAGGAGAUAAAAAACAUUUAUUUAAUAAUAAUUAUAAUUCUCAUGAAUAUAAUUACAAAACAGAUAAACAUAUAAGAUCAUCUAUUGAACAAAGGUAAGAAGAUGAUAGAUUCUAACAAUCUAGAAAUUUUGAUUCAAGAAACAAUAAUUAUCAAAAUCAAGGCAAAUAUUAUUAGGAUUAAAAUGAAAAAAAAGGAUAUGUUAAUUUUAGAGAUAGAAGAAGGUUGAAUAAUGAUUAAUUUGAAUAAAAUAAUAAUUAAAGAUACUAAAAUGAUUACUAAUAUAAUGAUUCUAAUAGAUUUAAUAAAAAUCAAAUAGAAUUAAACAAUAAUGAUAAUUAUAAAUUUAAAUCUCAUAGAAAUACUUAAAGUUUAGAAAGAAAUGAAUAAGUUAGAUUUUACAAUUCAAAAUAAAUUACUAGAAAUAUCACAUCAUCAGAUGAUUAUUAAAAAUAACGAUUGGAAGAAAACAAAAUAUAAAGAAAUUAAAAUUAUAACACAUAACAAAAUAUAAUAAAUAUAAAAGAAUAUAAAUAAAAUAAUAAUUAAACUCAAAAUACAGAAGAAUGUAAGAAACAUUCUUUAUCUAUUAAUGAAAAUUAAUAAGGAAUGGAGGAGAUUAAUGAAAUUUAAGAAUAUAAUUUUAACUAUAAUCCUAAUAAAUCAUCAUCUAAUGAUGGAGAAAUUUAAGAUUAAUAUCAUUUUGAUGGUUAUGAAUAAAUUUAUUAAGAAUAAAAAGAAAUUGAUUAAAAAGAUGUAAACAAUUAAAACCAGACUGUUGCAUUUAAAUCAAUUUUAAAAACUAAUGUUCUAAUACCUGUUUCUGAUUAAAUUUAGGAAAUAAAAGAGGAAGAUCCAAAUGUUGAGGAUGAUUUAAAAAAUUAAAAAUCUCAUUUAAAUAAAGGAGAAGAAAAUAAAGGUGAUGGUUCUGAUAAUGAAUUUGAUUUUACACGAUUCAGUAAAUAACUUGACCAAGAUAAUUAAAUCAAAUUUGACACAAAUAAGUAGUAAAAAUUUUAUAUAUUUUAAAGUUAAUUAUUUAAUAAUAACACAGAAAGUACUUCUGAAUAAAAAGAUUCUAAAAAAGACUUAUGA